UUGCAUAUGCACCCCGAAAUGAUGCUAUAUAAAAUGGCAACCUUUCAUUUCAUUAUCUAACCUCACUUUUUCGAAAUAGUAAGCACAAAACCACUGAAAAGUACACGAAGUUACGAAGUCACUAUGUGCUGACGCUAUGGACGUCUCAUCAUUAAUCAAUUCAUUGUCUUUAAGCGACAAUACCUCAAACAUUUUCAACUUUGCAGCAACCAUCAACGAAGUCCACACAGAAUUUGUCAUCGGAACUUUCACCAACCAAAAUUUGAUUAUUGCCACCCAGUUCGGAAAACUAGCGGAUUUAUACUGCGUGGCAGUAGAUCACACAGAAAACGGAAUUUGUUUAGUGGAACCAAUCUAUUCAGUGCAUCAACUAUUUGGUAAAGACAAUAUCUACGGAGAGGCGGCAGCUCGAUUUCUCACAAAGGAGCUGAACAUCAAGAAGCAGUUGUUGGUGUUUUUAAGUCUGAAGAGCUACGAACGGGACACAGUAAUUGGUAUUGCUAGAGCUAUUAAAAACUACUCAUGCGAUAAAGAUGUUGGCCCCAAAAAGAACUAAGGUUGCUGAAAAUUAUUUUGGCCAAGUGGUUAUUGGACCACCGGGGUCAGGCAAGACCACUUAUUGUGGAAAAGUCUAUGAUUUCUACAAAGAUAAGUUAAACAGGAAAGUUGAAGUGGUUAAUUUAGAUCCGGCUAAUGAAAAUAUGAAUUAUAAACCUGCAAUAGAUAUAAUGAAGUUGGUUACUGUUGAAGACGUGAUGGAUACUUUAAAAUUAGGACCCAAUGGAGCAUUGAUGUACUGCAUGGAGUACUUGGAGGAAAACUUCGACUGGCUUUUAAAUAAACUAGUACAGAUCAAAAAUAGUUACUUAAUAUUUGAUAUGCCUGGUCAAGUUGAACUCUACACACAUCACGGUUCUAUCAAAAAAAUAUUUGAGAAGUUGGAAAAAUUGGGGUAUCAUUUGUGCGCUGUUCACAUGGUGGAUUCACAUUAUUGUUCAGAUCCUGCCAAGUUUAUUUCUACUUUACUUUUAAGCCUUUCUACAAUGAUGCAAAUCGCGCUACCUCACGUGAACGUUUUAACCAAAGCUGACCUACUUAAGAAAAACGCUGAUAAGCUGGACUUCAAUAUUGACUUUUAUACCGACGUUUUAAAUUUGGAUUACUUACUAGAGCUGCUGGAUGAUGGUCCUUUCACUAAUAAAUACAAGAAACUCAAUGCUUCUUUGGUUGAAUUAGUUCAAGAUUACAGUUUGGUUUCCUUUGUUUUGUUGAAUGUGAAUUCAGAAAAAAGUUUACUUAAUUUGAAGAGCGCUAUUGACAAAGCUAAUGGAUAUAUUUAUGGAAGCGGCGAAGAACGAAGUAUUCAGGCACUACUUUCCUGCGCCGUAGGUUCCAGAACUGAGUCUGAAAGAUAUGAUACUGAUUUUUUCUAACCUUCAGGAUAUUUUUUCAAUAAAAAUGAAUGUAUGAAAAAA